GGCCCCGCGGGGGGUGGUCGGGGCCGCUCGCGAGGGGCUGCGGGCGCCGGUGUCCGCUCAUUCGUGUGGCCCCCAGCCCUCCAAGUGCGGCCGCGCCCGGGUUCGUCUGUAGGGUCUGGCCCGUCACGUCGUUCAUUUUGGAGAAAUGAGCAGGUCGUCCAACCCUCCGCGUGUUUCGUAGUGAGGUUUAUGUAGUUAAGACUCUUGUGAUAUCAAGGAAGAAUUUGGGGUAGAUGUUUACAAGAUGGCUCAACGGUUUCACAAAAAAAGCCAGGAGAACAAAAUGCCAACUGAAUCUUUAAGAAGCCCUUUCACUUAUCCCAACUUCUUGUUGAAAAGCCCUGGCCUUGGAGGUAGCUACAGGUUACCCAACAGCAACUUCUUCUUUUGUGAGCAAACCAAACAGUUCUUUGCUUGUCAGAACAGCCCAGGAAGUGCUAGCACUACUUCCACCAUUGAAAUGGUAAACAGCUUUAAACAGAAAGAGAUUGGAUCAGAAAUAAGUGGCAGAAUGCAAACAGGAAAUUCAGUGGGAACCACUAGCAGCAAAAAUAGUCUGGUACCUUCAGCAGGGAAGGUAAAAUCAACUGUCAGUUCUGACUUCCAUCGUGCAAAGCAGAAGUUACAUAAUUCCCCUGAGAAUAUUUUAUCUGUAAACUGUGACUUGAAAUUGCACCAUCCAUUGGUGCGAUUCCCUCGGAUAACUACUUGCCAUCAUUGUGGUCUGUCUGGGUCCCUGAGAUGUUCACAAUGUAAACAGACGUAUUAUUGCUCUGUAGACUGCCAGAAGAAAGAUUGGUCAUCCCAUGUUGUUGUAUGCAAGCCAGUUAAAAAGAAUUUUAAAAAAAAUGAAGAAAAUGCCAAGCCACCUGGUGAAAUAAAGAAAAAGGUUGAUUUUAAGGGUAACUUAUCUCCUGUGGAUGUUGUCAGAACAGAAGAUAAUAUAAAGAAAAUUAUGUUUUCAGACCUGCAAGAUCUAGCGCUCAAAAAAGCUAUGGAAAUACAGGGAACAGUCACAGAAUUCAGGAAUCCAAGUGAAUUUUAUAUACAGGUCUAUUCUCCGGAAGUUUUGGAGCAUAUUAGAACGCUUACUGUGAAACUGAAAGACUGUUACGCUAAUACAGUUAACGAGGAAGAAUAUGUUCCUGCCCGAGGGGAAGUCUGUGUUGCAAAAUAUUUCCUGGAUCAGACAUGGAACAGAGUACUGGUAAAAGAAGUUGACAUUGUGCAGAAGAAAGCACUAGUAUUGUAUAUUGAUUAUGGAAAUGAAGAAAAUGCGUCAUUACUUAGGAUUAAACAGCUACACAGAGACAUUGACCUGUUUCCUCCCUGUGCCAUUAAGUGUUCUGUUGCUAAUGUUCCAAAAGAAGGAAGCUGGAACAAAGACUUCACCAGCAUUAUCACCCCCUUUAUGGGAGAGCACUGUUCAGUUGCUAUUGCUGAUGUUCUACAGGAAGAGAUGAUGACUUGUUUUGCUGUAGAUGUUGUCAUCCCAAGUUCUGGGAAACGCCUAGGUAACAUACUUCUUGAAAUGAGAUCUGACUUGAGUCCAAAGAGGAGCAACAAUGAACAAAUGCAUUCAGAGAAAAGUACCCUGUUAGAAACAGAUUCUGAAGGAAAUGAAGGCAUAAUGGCUGAAAAUAAAAGGCUGGAUCACAACAAUCAUUUAACCAUAAAGGCUAUCACAUUAUCUGUUGGAGAUAGGUUUUCUGGCAUAGUUUCCCAUAUUCAGAAUCCAGAAGACUUUUUCUGUCAACAACUGCAUAAUGGCCGCGAACUCGCUGAGCUUCAGGCAACCCUAUGUGAAUACUGUAACAAAAUUCCUAGUACCUCAGACUUCCGUCCAGCUGUUGGUGAUGUCUGUUGUGCUAAGUUUACAGAGGACAAUCAGUGGUAUCGUGCUUCUAUUAUAGCAUAUAUUUCUGAAGAUACUGCUUUGGUAGGCUAUAUAGAUUAUGGUAAUUUUGAAACGCUUCAGAUAACCAGACUUCGGCCUGUGGUUCCAAAAUUGUUGGAGUUGCCGAUGCAAGCUAUAAAGUGUACUUUAGCAGGUGUGAAACCUCAAUUAGGAACCUGGCCCUCAGAAGCUAUUUCUCUCAUGAAACAACUAGUGCACAAUAAAGUGACUACAGUAAGAGUAAUGGGUAAAACAGAUUAUAGCUCUGUGGUUGAGUUUACAGAUGAAUCUUUCACUCCAAUAAAUGUAUCUAAACAUCUUAUAGAAGCAGGCUAUGCAAUGAAAGAAUCCAAGGCUCUCAUGACAGCACAUGAAACCAGUAACAUUGGGAAGGAGGGAAGCGGAGACACAGUAAGGAAAGGUAGUUGGACGUGGGUUAAGCUGGCUCUUAAACAGACGAUAAAUGUCAUAGUGUGCAUGUUGUACAGUCCUGGAGAGUUCUAUUGUCACAUGUUAAAUGAUGACUUGAAUGCUCUAAAUGUACUCAACAAAUCCUUGGCAGAAUACUGCCAGCAGGCUUCAGCUACUAGUUUCAAACCUGUAAGGGGAGAACCUUGCUGUGCUUUUUUCUCUGGUGAUGGUAAAUGGUACCGUGCUUUGGUAAAAGACAUUUCUUCAGAUGGAGCUGUUAAAGUACAGUUUGUAGACUAUGGAAACGUUGAGGAAGUAACUCCAGAUAAGCUCCGGCAGAUUUCAUUUGAGUUCCUGAAACUUCCAUUUCAAGGAAUUAAGUGUUGGCUAUCAGGUGUAAAGCCUGUUAACAAACAGUGGCUCCCAGAAACUAUAGCACAAUUUCAGAUGUACACAGCAGGGAUAAAACUUCAAGCCAGUAUAAUUUCCUUGACCAAAAAUGGUGCCGGACUAGAGCUCAUUGACAAUUCCACAGGUUGUCCAAGAAUGAUCAGUGAAAUGUUAAUUUGUGAACAACUGACCUUAAAGGAAGUUCAAACAAAUAAAGAGGUGCUAGUGACCAAAUCUGCUGACAAAAAAGAGUGGCAAGAAACUUCCUCAUCUGAACAGUGGAAAACAAUAAAAUUGCCCAUUAAUAAAGCUAUAUCAGUUCGCAUAGUGGAGGUGAUAAAUCCAGAUUUGUUUUAUGCAGUGCCGUCUGAAACUAAAGUGGAUCAAGACAAGCUCUGCACAUUGAUGAUUGAACUGGCAGAAUAUUGCAGCUCUUGUAGCAGUCAGUCGUUCAAACCAAAAGUUGGUGAAGCCUGUUGUGCCAAGUUUUCAGGUGAUGGUCAUUGGUACAGAGCUGUUGCCUUGCAAGUUUCUCCUUCCGAUGUGAAGGUAGUGUAUGGAGAUUAUGGAAACACAGAAACUCUACGAUUUUCUAAAGUGAUGCCUAUUACUGCGUGCCACUUAAAGCUGCCCUUUCAGAUAAUUAAGUGUUCUCUUGCAGGGAUUGUGCAAUUUGAUGGGGACUGGUCUGCAUUAGUGACAGAUUUGCCGAAAAGACUUGCAUCAGGGAAGAGUGUCACAAUUAUGGUGAAAGGAAUCACAGAGAAUAUUCAUGUGGUAUCUGUGGUGAAAAGCUUUGAAAAUGGUAAUCUAAACGUAGCUGACGGAUUAGUAAUGGGAAGUUUGGCCAAACCUUCUGCUACUGGAAAUCCCAGUAUUCUACCCCAAGAGCAUGCCAGUGAGACUAAAUGCUGCUGCACAGAAUUAAGAAAGCAAAUUGAAAAACAUGAGCAGAUACUCCUCUUCCUUUUAAAUAAAUGUGUGGAUCAAGACGGCCUUAGUGAAAUGGGAAAAAUGUUAGAACGCAAAGUCUGCCUGACUUGAUGAAUGCUGAUAUGCUUAUAUAGAUGCAUUAUGUUGGCCAUAUUGAUAAAUUUGAUGCUUCUUGCUGUUCUCAUUCCUAGAACAGUACUUGUAUUCAGGUGUUGAAUUUCCUGUUAAGUGUUGUCUAAAUAUACUCAAACACAUGGAAUAUUACUGUGAACGUGUACACCGGAGCCAAGUUGCAGCAUGAAGUUUCAGUGCUGUGAUUCCUUUGAACUGUAGUAAUUUUUUUCGGCAGCUGUUUCUUUAACAACUUACAGCACAUGCAUUCUGAAAUGCAAAUUUAUUUUUACUUUUUAUGUAUAGCAGGUAUUUAAUAUUUGAGUGUGAAAAGAAAUCUUAUGUCAGUUGACUAUCAUGAAGAAAAACUGUACAGGUACCAAUUUUUCCCUUUUAGUUUAUUGAAUAUUUUAGUUCUAACUGGGGUGAAAUUUAUUUCCAGCCUUAUUUUUCCUCUUUCAUUUGCCACCAGUGUGUUUAUAAUGUGAAUGACUACAACCCUCUAAGGCUUCUGUGAGAUAUGAAUGAGCAUUUGUGAUCAUUAAAUUCAACCCAGUUUUUCAGCUAGUGGUUUAGUGCUUAAAAGCAGAAAUUGAGAGUCCAGAUUCAUGGGUUCUGAGCUGGACUUCACUCCUGAUCCUGAAUCUAGAUAAGUUGCUACAUUCCUCAUCUAUUUCCCAGUCUAUAAAAUAAAGAUACAUGAAGUCCUUGAUCAUACUUGGAUAUUGUACCAGUGCAUAGUAUUUACUAUCUUUAUUAGAAAGGACACCUACUUUUCAAAAUUUGGUACCAUUAUUGACUGUCUUUGCAUGUAAAUCAAGGGGUCAGUCAACAGAGAUUGAAUUUCCAUCUCAACUUUAGAGCUUGCUUCAGUAUUUGGAAAACUUUGUAUUGCCUUUGCUCCUGUACAGCUACUUUUAGAGAUGUAAACUUUUGACAAUACUGCACAAGACUUCUCACAAGCAUUGCAACCAAUCUGUAGGAGGUAAGACAAACUGCAUUACAAUGCUUUGUUUGCAUCAAAGUGCCACCAGUUUGUUUCACUCCUUUAGAAAUUAUGAGUAAAGCUUGUUGCCUUAAUCAAUCAUGUUUGUACUAUUUAUUUUGAACAGUUUAGUACGACCAAUAAGAAGAGAACUACUCGCAAGUUCAUACUACUCCCAAGACCAGUUAGUAUAGUCCUGUUGUUUUAGUUUCAUACUUUCACUAACAGCAAUUCUCAGUGUAUAUCCGUUACUGUUCAGAAAGUAUGAAAUGACUCGAAUACCAUUCAAAUACUUGUUAUAUCCAGAUUAAGCCAGCCUUCUGUAUUAUUUGUAUAGCAUUCUUUGUUGGUUCGAGUUGUGGAGAAAAUAUACCACACACUAUCCCUGCCUACACUUUUGGCCUACUUGCAUGGUCCAGCCUAUUUAGUGGUCCAUGUUUUAGCGACGUUAACUUGUGCAGUAACAGAAAUAGGAAACUUCUGUAUGUUACCUAUUGCUACUUAAAGUUCACUUUUUCUUAUAAAAAUUGGCUUCUGUUUACUUAGUACCAGAAUCUGUGAUUAAAAAAUUAAUGUGUAAAACUUUCUUUGGAAGUCAGAAGAUUACUGUGUUGCACAUCUAACUCUUUACGUUUAAGAAAAUAGAAAAAAAUCACAAAAAUCAAGUUAUUUAAACCAAAGCUGGUAUGGUAGAUCUGUUAAUUGUCACCAUAAAGUUCCACUUUUCAAGAAAGCUGUCCCAGUAAAUGUUUGGAGAUAAACUAGAAGGUUUUCUUAGUGAAGAAGGGAAUUGUUUCCCAUAUUUUUGCUGCAGUAGUUCCUGAUUUCAGCAUAAGAAACAAGGGAGCAACAUUGCUGGGCCAUAAGCCUUUCUGUACUAGCUCUUGCUGACUUCAGUAAGAGCUGUGAACAUGUAUCUGAGGGCUAAUCUUAUCUGUAGACCUUGGUGGAAGUAGAGGAGAAUCUCUAAUCUAGAUAUCUUCUUAAGGAGUUAAAUCUAAAGAUUUUAGCUUCUUAGAUGCGAGAGAACCAGUAAUACUUCGCACUGGUACAGCACUUUGUAAUAUAAAGAUGAUUUAUCACUCUUUGGAAGUGGAAGGUCAGGAUUAUCUCCAUUUUACAGAUAGGAAACUGAGUCAUAGAGGUGACUUCUCCAAGGUUACACAGGCAGUCUGUGGCAGAAUUAGGGGCAGAACCCAGGUCUCAUGACACUUGGCUGUGCUUGGACCACCAGUCCUUCUGCUGCUUGAAAAUGCAUAAUCCUUGCUUUCUGUCUCUAGAGUUUGUUUGUGAAAUGGUCUGAAUUAUCUAUUAGUUUAUAUCUUGAUACUUGAUCAGCGUGGGUUUCUCCACAGCUUUGUCUUGAUAUAAGGGUAUGAUUUGGUUUCCACUUUAUUUUAUCUAGUGCAAAGGAAGCAGUUCUCAGAGUGACUACAUUAGUUUUGAAAUAUUUAGGAGAUGUCCUGUUUUGAAUAACAAGAAUUCUACUGAGUUUACAAUUGCCCUAGUGAACAGUUAGUGAGGUUUUUUUCUGUUGUAUAAAUAUUUGUGAAAACAUCACAGUAAACUUUGAAAUAUUGCCAAAGGAGAUGGUAAUAAGCUAAGUUUUGCCUCUAGCUUCUGCAAGUAACCACAGCUUGUUCAUCACCUUGUUUAUAUUUAUUAAGCUCUGAAUGCAGAUAAUUCAGCUCAUAAAGUAAUAGUAUGCAGGCAUUAUACAAACUUUGCAUUUCAAAUGUUUGUAACCUUAUUUAAACCUUACAGUAACUUAGAAAUGGUGGGGGGGUUUGUUGAGUUUUUGAAGACCUCUUGAGACUUGUUAUCUUGUAUCUUGUUAUCAUGACUAAUAAAAUAAUC